AUGGAUGAAAGCCAAGUCGGAACCUCUCUUCAACCUGCUCCUAGAUCUAAACUAUUACAUCUUCCAGUGCAUCAACUAUUCAGCGGAACAGGAGGAUCUCUUAGACGAAAAGCGGCGCCUCUGUGACAUCAAGCCAUUUUGGAGUACCUUGAGAGUCGUCAGGAGGGCGGGUGAUGUUGAGGAUAGGGUCCUUAACUCACAGAUUGGCCUCUGUAUUGGAAAAAGUCUUCAUGAAUACGACCUAAUGAAGAACCAGGAGGUCCAUGACUUCCGAUCUAACAUGAAGAGGAUGUGCAUGUCGGUACAGAAGGCCCAUAUGAAGUGGUCUUGGGACAGAAAAGCCACUUACCUGUUCCCUCCGCAGGUUGAACUCUCCGCGCCCAACGACCUACAAGAGAGCAUCCUCAUUGAUAUGAGGUUUUCCUCAAGUUGGUCCACCACCUCCGUCUUGCAGGUGAAGAGCAUGGAGACACCUGAAGACUUGGUAGAGAAGGCACAGAAGAAGAUGUCUAUGUACCAACAAAAUACAGAGGCUGAGGAAUACGUCCUCAAAAUCCGCAGCUGUGAAGACUUCCUCCUCGGAGGACAUCCUCUCUCAAAAUACAAGUACAUCCGGAAAGCCAUUCGUAAAGGCCAGAAGCCGGAGCUCAUCCUCAUUCACAAGUCUGAGCUGAAGGUCGAGGAUCGCUUCAAGGACCCGAUGUUCAAUGUCCUGGCACAGAAAGAGGAGCAGGCUCCGCCCCUUCCUUCCAAGAUGGGUCGUUUCGUCAGCUGGGAUAUUGAUGAGAGGGUCCGGGUUACAUUCCACUUAGCAAAGAAUGUCAACGUGGUUGAGAAAUCAGGGGUACGCCUCAAGGCUGGUGUGUUUCACGGUGACGAGGAGCUCUGUCCGUUCUUCACGUCCAAGGAGGUCGAGGGUCCCGAUCCCAGGUGGGGGGAGACCUACGAGGCGGAAAUCGACGUCAGCAACCUACCUCGUAUGGCGAAGCUCUGUGUCAUGGUCUACACGCUAGGCAACAAGAAGAUCGUCAAGACCACCUCAGGUGCUCAACUUGACCAAGGGAAACAGAAGAGAAGAAACCCAAGGAAGGAUCUAGUACCAAUCGCAUGGGUGAACCUGACCUUCUUUGACUACCGGUCCCAGCUUCGGACCGGCCCGGUGAAGCUCUUCAUGUGGCCGGCCUCGGACGACAUCGACCUGAACCCGUUGGGGCCAUGCGAAUCCAACCCCAGCAGAGACGACACAACAUGCAUUGAGCUUUCCUUUGAGCAGUACAGGCAGGGUAGCGUCUCCUAUCCCACGUUUGACAAGGUUAUAGAGAGGGCAGCAGACAUCGCGAGGAGUGACGACAAUCCAUUUGAGACCCCGUCGGAACAAGCCUUGGAGGAGUUGCGUCAGAUCGUUGAGAAGGAUCCGUUAGAGCCCCUGAGUGAGCAGGAAAGGGAAGACCUGUGGCUUGCUCGGCAGGACUGCAGGGACCAGCUACCCCAUGCUCUACCUAGACUGCUCAGAUGCGUGCAUUGGAACCAUAGGGAUGAAGUAGCACAGAUGCAAGCUUUGCUGCAGAUUUGGCCUCAGUUGAAGCCAGAAGAAGCCAUGGAACUCUUAGACUUUCGCUAUCCUGACGUAUCCGUUAGGCAGUUUGCAGUCAAGUGCCUUCAACAACUCUCAGAUGAGCAACUCUCUCAGUAUCUUCUUCAGCUGGUGCAAGCCUUGAAGUACGAGACCCAUUUAGAUUGCGCCCUCGGCAAGUUCCUGUUAGACAGGGCCCUCUCGAACCAGAGGAUCGGCCAUUUUCUUUUCUGGCAUCUAAGAGCUGAGAUGCAUCAAUCUGCUGUGUGUACCAGGUUUGGGCUGAUGCUAGAGGCUUACUGUAGAGGCAGCAUGGCUCAUAUCAAAACACUUAGCAAACAGGUGGAAUCGCUCAACAAGAUGAAGAAUCUGAACGAGCUCAUCAAAUCAAAGCAGGCUAAACAACAAGAUAAAGUAGAGAUUAGAGACAUGAUGAAGAAAGUCCUCCAACAAGACUCCUACGCUGACACGCUCUCAAAUUUUGUCUCGCCGCUGUGUCCUGCAAAUAAACUCAGGUGUCUUAGACUAAACAAGUGCAAAUUCAUGUCAUCCAAGAUGAGACCGCUAUGGUUGGUGUUUGAGAAUGACGAUCCAAUCGGAGAUGAUGUCUACCUUCUCUUCAAGAACGGCGAUGAUCUAAGACAGGACAUGUUGACUCUCCAAGUCAUGCAGAUUAUGGACAACAUCUGGCAGGAAGAAGGAUUAGAUCUGAGGAUAAUCCCCUAUCGUACGCUCGCUACCGGGCCCAAAGUUGGCCUAAUCGAGGUGGUGACCAACGCCGACACCAUCGCUAACAUCCAAAAGCAGCACGGAUCGGUCAACGUGCUGACCGCUGCAUUCCAGAAGACGGCUCUCUUUGAAUGGAUCAAGAAACACAGUCCAACAGAAGAGAAGCUUAAUAAAGCAAUAGAAGACUUCACCUUGUCCUGUGCAGGCUACUGCGUCGCAACCUAUGUCUUGGGCAUCGGUGAUCGGCACAAUGAUAACAUCAUGGUGAAAGAAUCAGGCCAGCUCUUCCACAUUGACUUUGGUCAUUUCCUUGGGAACUAUAAGAGGAAGUUUGGUGUCAAGAGAGAAAGGGUUCCUUUUGUCCUGACCCAUGACUUUGUCCACGUCAUCACCAGAGGCAAAGGGGCCAGCACGACUACAGAAUUCGACAGCUUCCGGCGGUGCUGUGAGGAGGCAUUCAUGAUCCUCCGUCGCCGUGGCAACCUUCUUAUCAACCUUUUUGCCAUGAUGCUCUCAAGCGGGAUCCCAGAGCUGUCGGACGAGACCAUCAAGUACCUGCGGGACGUCCUGGUCCUGGACCGCAACGAGGACGACGCCUUGCGCUUCUUCCAGGGCAAGUUUAACGAAGCCCUCAAGAACUCUUGGAAGACUAGUUUUGAUUGGAUGAUGCAUCAUAUAGCCAAUCGUGAUUGAGACAAUCGAUGACAUCAUCAAAAAGACUUUUACAUUCAGCCGUAUGGAUUUAGACAGUAAGAUCACCUUAUACAGCUUUACAGCAUUGCGAUUGAAAUGACAUCAUCAGAACAGUGUUAUGCUUCAGACUUCAAAAUCAGCUAUCGGGAUUAUACGGUGUUGCGAUGGAGAUAAUGACAUCACUAAAGCAGUGUUACGCUUCAGACUUCAACAUCAGCUUUAAUAUUGGAGUUAGACCCAAAAAAAAUCACUUUCAAAGUGUUAUGAUGUAGACAAUGACAUCACUAAAACAGCUUUGUGAUUCAGACAUAUGCAUGUACAUCAGAAAUACAAAUCGCAUAUACGGUAUUGCGAUUGAGACUUGUACAUCACUGAUAUGCUGUCAAGGUUGAGACAAUCAUAUUACAAAUAUGCUGUCACUGUUUGAUAUGUCAACUACAGCACACACACCCCACGAUGCUAUAACAGGUGUACCUGAGGCAUAACGAUGGAGGUUCAUGACUGCGGCAAACGGCUGUGUUUAUGUUAGAAAACUGUAGAAUACAAGUGUGCAAUGAAGGAGCAGUAAUACCACAGAACACAUUGCAUAGCCAGUCACUACAUGCUUAUUAUUGAUAUAUGAAUGGGUUAUUUUACAGACUUUUCUAAGAAGGAUUAUGGGAAAUUGACGAUGUGAGAGAUUGAAUGAUCGGAGAACUUUUGCUUGAAUAUCAUACACUGAUAUUUUAUUCACAUGAUACAUCAAGAGAUUGUAGCUUAUAGCUUAGGCUAUAAUUCUGAAUAAUGAUAAUAAUGAGAAUGACUUGACUUAUGGCAGCUGUUUUUUCUUAGGCGUGGCUACCCUUUGCAAUCUAUUGGGGUAUUGCAAGAAAUUGCAAUCAAUUUCAAGUCAAUUUUGGGUGCAAAUAUCAAUCAUAAAUCUGGCAAUCAGUUGCAAAAUCGCAUAUCAUUACUUUUUUGCAACAAGACAUUCAUGUAUUAAAGCACUAAGUAAACAACAAGACGUUAAAUCAAUUUGGUCAAGUUACAAUCGAUAUAUCAAUUGUAAGUCAGCAAAUGGAAUUUGUGAUUGAUUGCAAAUAUUUUCUUGCGACACCCCCCUCAGUUGCUUGUACAAGGGACACACCAGGCACAGAGUGUUAUGAGAGAAUGUGAAUGCUGAUCAUGUUGAUUCAUUUGAUUUAGGAGAGAGAUUUUUCGUCAAGUGCAUACAGAAAAUAAGAAGUCUAUGAAAUAUGUUGAGCAAAGAGUAUGAUUUUAGUAAUGUUAUGCUUCGAUUCACAUCAUGAUAUAUGUUUCACUGACUGGAUAGAGUAUAUAGAAAGUAAUGCUGGAUGAAAUGAUAUGUCUAUUUACUUAUUAUUUGCAAUAUUAGUAGGUAUGAAUACUUUGACUAGUUCAAAUUUAUAUAAAAACAAUAAAAAGUAAUUCCCCUUUUCAAAAUACCAUAAUUUUUUAACCCUUUCAGCGCAAUUUAACUAUCACUAUAUUACAAAUUUUCCAUAGACUGUUACUCAAGACAUCGUAGGCAGUGCAAACAAGUUAAAGCAAAAUGACCUGUCGGGAAUCUUUCCACACUUGUUGACGAAAAUUUAGUUAGUGAUUCAGGGUGCUACAUAACUUUUUAGAAGCACUUGCCCAGUCGGGCAAGUACAUGUUCAAAUAGUUGGAAUAUACCUGCCCCAAAAUCUAUUUCACUUGCCCAAAAAAUCCUUGAAAAAAAAAGUGUUACCUCUUCAAAAGAAAGUUUUGUGCAGUUUUAUAAACCAUUGACCUUUUUCUCUCUUUUGACAUGAACUGAUCUACCUGCCAUGACCAAAAUUGGGGUCAAAAUCAUAUCAUAUCAACCCCAAUUUUGGUCAUUCUACUGUGAGAAUUUUGCUUUCCCAAUUCGGGCAAGUAGUUUUGGUCUUUUACUUCAAAACACUUGCCUGACUCUAACAUUUACUUGCCGCGGACAAUCAGGCAAGUGCUUAUGUAACACCCUGGUGAUUGAUCCGUUGUGUAAUGGGCAUGAGUGGACAUACAUUGGAUGCCAAAUUGCUACUAUUCAAAAGUUGCAAGGGUAAUUUCUCUCACCAAAGUGGCAGAAAAUGAUAGCAUUUUCCCCUUUAUUUAAAUGAAGUGCAUUUCAGUAGACUGGUAGGAUAGGCUACAAUCUGACAUGCAAAGUACAAUGUGUUGAGAAAUGUCUGAUUUUAUUUUUCACUUACUUUAUUGAAUUUUAUGAUUUCAAAAUCAUGUAAAGAUAAACAAUUUCACUGAACCAUUUAAAAAAAUGACAAACACCAGAAAAGCUGUAAAGAGAAAUAAUAACAUCAAUAACUUAAUCAUGUACCAAAAACGGAGUUUGUGAAAUUUCUUGAUAACCCUAAACCUUGCAACUUUUGAAAAGUGAAAUUUUUGCCUUUAUCGUAAGCUUGAUGUAUCAGUAUGAUUUUAAUUCAGGAGUGAGAUGGUAGGUGCAGUAAAACUUCUGCCAAAUUACAUGUAUGUUGAUAAAUUUGUUAAAAAUCUGUGGUAUUUUGAUGAAGGGGAAGCAAUUUUUUUGUCUGUUUUGUUUAGAUCGGGUAAGUUCUUACAUGCAUGAAUGCAUUGACUAUAUGCCUUUGUCAGUCCAGUUUCGUAGAACUUGAUAUUAAUUACAAAUGCAAAAAUGCUACGACGAUUUUGCAAUCAGCCAAUUAAAUAACAUGAUUUUAAUUACAAGAAUUUUAUUCAUAAAAUAUGUUGUAUGAAAUAGGCCCUGAAUUGGGUGUAAAGAAUAAAUUUGGUAGAGGAUCCAAUGCAAUUCCAUUUCAUUCUAUUGUCCACUUUAUGGAAAUACUUUUUGCGCACUCUACAAGUAUGCCUCAUAAAUGUAUUGCUAAUUCUAUGAAGGACGAUAUUUGAUGAUGAACUUGAAAAGCAAAAUUAUGAAAUUUUAUUUGAUUCAGAAGUCUGAUCAAAAUAUGAAUCUGUAACCUUGUUAAGCAAUGAAAUAUCAAUCUGAACCUCACACUUUGCACUGUAAACUGAAGCGCUUUAGCCAAUCAGCAAACACCUGUGACUCAUUAUGUAAUCCACAUAUGAAUCUGAAAUUGUUAUAUACUCAAAUAUGAAUCUAAACCUCAAAAUUCUGUUUUUAGUAAAGUGUUAGAAAACUUGGAUGUAACGCAAAUCAAAUAUGUCAUGAAAUAUCUACGAGAGCCUUUUCCAUUUUCUAAAGGUAGUUCUUUCUUGGGUUUGUAGGUGAAAGCAAAUAAAAAAAGUCCAUGGUAUAUAUUGUUCCAUAUGUUACCAAGUAUUAUGGCUUUAUGGACAUCAACUAUGUUUGUUCCACUUGACUUAAUCUUCCAAUUUCAUCAAACUAUAUGAUUCAUUUGAUGGAAGGGACUGCGAAAGUACGGGGUCGUGUUUCACAUAUCUUGUUAUCAAGAAUUAAUGCUAGAAUUCUAUGACAACUGAUCUCUUGACCAAUCAAAUGGUAUGAUUUCAGUAACUUAUAACAUUAACAGUAGCUUGUAACUUGCCAUUGAUAACAUGUGUGGUGAAACCUGGCCGAGUGGGGGUGGUCCAGUGGAUGAGGUUCUGGACUGUGAUCUCCAAAGUGCAAGGUUCGAGUCCUCACAGAAACCAUCCUUGAUACUUGAUGUAGUAAUCCCUUUGGCAUCCCGAGGGGAGUUUCACAUUGGGUGAUUUCAAGUACGGUGUUGACCUUUUGGUGUUGGUGUUAGGUCAAUUUUUACACGAUUAUAACACCAAAUGUAAAAUAAAGAUGGUCCCGAAAAGUCACUCACUAGUUAUUGAGAUGUCAAUAAUGUGAUCUUGAUCAGUUUUACAAACUUAGAAUAAGUUUUGGAGCUAAGGGAAGCAAUCCAAAAUUCAACACCAACACCAACACCAGGGCAAACACCGGACUUGAAAUCACCCAUUGAGUGAUGUGUGUCAUACUUAUGUACUGACAUGCACAUGAUAUAUAACAAGCAAACUUAUUGAUUAAUUUUGACCUAAUGAAAAAAUACUUAGUGUAUUUGUGAAAUACCCCCCAGGUUUGAAAUUCACCUUGUGGUUUUGGUGUAAAUCGUAAUGUGUCGAUGAUGUCCUUUGGCAAGACAUGAAUCUAUAUUUGCCACUCUCCACCCAGGUGUAAAUGUGUGCCCAACAGGAAGGAAUUCCUUGAUUGGUCAUGUAAGUGUGGGUUACAUUUGAGCGCAUCGGGUACCCUUUUUAGUCAAUGCUCUUCAUCCAAUCCAUAAAUUAUCCAAUAUCUAUGACACUGGUGUUUUCACUGGGCCUUUUUUUUUAUGCUAGGUAUUGCCGUUUUACAGUUUUGAAAUGCAUCAGAACAUAAAACUGGUUAAACAGUAAUGUGUGGACAAUAUAAAGUGGACUUGCUUGAAUAUGACUGUGGUGCGAAAAAUGUAUGAGAGUCAGAGUUUAUUUGUAGCUGAUAGAAUGAAUAUUUUAUUUUAUGUUUUCCAUGUAGUUUCGCUAUCAAACAUAAAAUCUAUAUUUUAUGGUAAUGUGACCAAAUGUAUUGUACAAUUUUAUUCAGAUAUUAAAAAAAAACUAGCAAUUUUACAUUCCCA